AUGACAAUCACAUUUAUCCCUGGCGAAGUCAACAAGAGUACAGGCUCAGUAGUACAGUCAAAUUGGAAGAAUCAUCAUGUCGUAAUAUACGGGCUGGGAAAUAAUCUCAUAAUUACAUCGGGCACAAUCCAGCCUACUCAAAGGAACCCCAAUCCUUAUAACAUAGAUAGAAGUUUACAAACUAUAUAUCUACAAAAGGACCCAGAGGCGAUUUGUUUCAACAGUGAAAAUGGAUACAUUGCAAUUGGUUACGAUAACUCCUGCUUUAUUUUCAAACCCAUGAAUGAGUAUAUGAAGAUUCCUAAAUGGGUUGAUGCACUUCAGUUUGAUAUUGAAAUAGAUUCGAGAAUCACCUGUCUUGAUUGGGCUAGUGAAGAAUCUGAACUUGCAGUUGGGACUGAAAAACAGUUGCUCUUGUACCAUAUAAGUGAUAGUUUUGGAGAGUUUGAGGCAAGCAAACGAUGGGAAGCAUCGCAACCAAACUCAAUAGAACGACUAUACAUUACGCCAAAUGCAAAGCUCAUAUUAACCACAAACUCUGUGUACGAUCGCCUAGUGAAGAUUUGGAAUAGGGUGAGCUACGGUGACGAUUCAACUUUAUUUGAAGUAUCGUACCUACCGCAUCCUCAAGGGACAUUUGUGAAACAAUUUCAUUGGAGGCGAAAUCAAAAAACAGAAGUAACACAGGAUAAGGUUUUGGACUCUUCCAUGGCAAACAUAAAAAGAAUACGCGGCCUUCUCAAUCGAGGAAACUAUGGUAAUGAAGAUAACGAGGUUAUAUAUACAUUAACAUCAAACAAGGUGUUGAAUGUUUGGGCGUCAUUUGAAUCAAGUGGGCACGAUAGAAUAAGCAAUUGGGCCAAUCUCGACUUGUCCAAUAUUUUCCAAAAUGAGGAGGAGUAUAUAAACAGCUUUUUGGUAAUUGAGCACCGGUAUUUGAAAAGCUUUACAGAUUAUGUUAAAGAAGAACUUGAAAAUCAAAAACAAGGGCAAGAGCAAGAGCAAAAGAACAAAAGCAAAUUAUUGUUCAAAAUCGCAGAUGUCAAUUUGAAUGACUACGAUUUGAUUUUGGUAAUCUCAAGUACUGGACGUGUCAAGAUCUAUGCGGUUUCAAAUAUAUCGCAAUCGCCCCCCAAUAACAUCAAGUUUACAGCCAUUAAUCCCGAUAACUAUUACGAAUUUAAAAAAAGUGACUUUCCAUCAAAGACCUCUUUGGAGUAUCCAUCCAAUCUUAGUGUGGCAAACAUCGAAUCCAGAAAGUUUAUCAAUCAUUACGUGAAUCCUGUGUUGGUCAAGUGCUUGUGCAAGUUAAACAAUGACGAAAGAAUAAACACUCUUUCCUUUUUAGUUCACGAUAGAGCUAAAAACACACUAAGAUUUGAAGCUUUAAAUCCAACAAAAAUUCUUACUUCACCACUGUCCAAAACAUUUGGUGUAACAUUAUUAAACAAGUAUCAAGGACACGUCAAAUCUAUAAGAAAGCUCGUUAGAUCAUAUUCAUCCUAUACAUCAAAAAAUGUAAUUCUUUCCAUAUCGAAUUUUCCCAGUCACAACUACAUAUGGGAGCCACUUGUUUACAACGAAAACGACAGCAGUAUAAUGUCCAUUACUAGACGAUUUAGACUAGAUUUGGGUUCACAACCGGUUGAUGGUCAAAGAGAGAAUGCGAUGUGGGAUGCUGUUAUAAUCAAUGAUGUCGAGCGACCAAAUGAUUAUCGAAGGCGGCAUCUUGUCCUUGUUGCUGAAAAGAGUGGAAACGUUAGCUUGUGGGACUGUAACGGGUUUGAUAAACAUGACCAACCUGUGGAUCGCAUCUCGAUAUUACCGGCAUUGAAAAAGAGUCCUCGAGCUUUUGCAAUUGCUGAGAAUAACACUAAUUUAAAUGAAGAUGUAAAGCAAUACGUUGUUGUUGCUGUGUACGAAAAAGAUUCUAUACUUGCGUGGAACAUUUUAAUAAGAUAUGCCGGUGAUGAAAUUAUUGACAUCAGAUUGGAAGCGCAAUCAAUCACCGAUUUACCGCAAGACGAACACAUCCAUCAAGUGACAAAAGUUGACUCGUUUCUUACUCAGUCACAUAAAAGCUUGAUUGCCGUUAUAGACAAGGAGGGACUAUUGAAAAGCUAUAGAUUAAAGUUUGCUCAAUCAAAGACUCAACAAACUUCCGGGACCCUUGAUUGGGAACUUACACACACGUUAUUUACGAAUAUCAAAAAUGCUGAUCGUAUAAGUGGCUCAACAGUUAUUAAUAAAUUUGCCAUUAUUAAUGACAAUGGGUACCAUCUUUCAAUUUGGGACAUUGACCAAAAUGUCCUUGAGUAUGAAGAAGAUUAUCACCAAAAACCCCAAAGUAAGGGACCGGUCGUUGACUUGGACUGGACGUUUGUAAAUGCUACAAUGAAAGAAAAGCUGACAGCAAAUGCUAUUCUAUCGGUAGGGUUUCCCCGCAGUGUCUGGCUCUAUACCCAAUUGAGGUAUGAUUAUACAAACAAAAUUCCAACUUAUGCCGCAAUAAAAGAGAUUGACAUUUCAGACUAUACGUCACAUCAGAUUGGCGAUCUGAUAUGGCUUGAUGACGGGUAUUUGGUCAUUGGGUGCGGGAAUCAGUUUUUUAUUGAUGAUCGAUGGGUGAAGUUGGGUUCUGGUGGUGUUGACUCCACCAUCCGUCAAUUGAUGAGUGGUUAUAUCACCAACGGAAAUGAUGCAAAGGAUCAGAAACAAGGUAUCUACAAUGAUGGAGAUGAACAUUAUAAGAAUAAUAAGAAUAAUAAUAGUAUUAGCGGUGGUGGUGGUAGUAGUAGUAGUAUUCAUGUUUCAAAUGGUGUCACCAAUAGUGUUUUCAACGAUACCAGUGAAGCUAAAGAUAAUGACGACAUGGUUUAUGAUAUCUCGCAUUUGGUGCGUGUAUUGAAUGGACCACUUCCGGUGUACCACCCACAGUUUUUGAUUCAAGCAUUAUUUAUGGGCCAAACAGUAACAGUUCAGAAAAUCUUGGUUAGCCUAUUUCAAGCCUUGCGUCAUGACGACCAAGUAACUUGGGAUUUGGGAAUUGAUUUUGAAAAAGAGGUUGAUAAUAGUGCAAUGUCUUUACUCGACAAGAGCAACUCCCAUGGUGUUACCACAUUGCGCAGACGCUUAUCUCAAAACUUCAACCUUGAUGUAUUUACUCACUUUACUGCCGAAUUGGCGGAUUUAUUAGUAAAGAAACUUAUGACAGUCUCGUUGCCAUUGUUAACACGACAUCAACAGAGUACGUUGAUUUCAGUAACGACGAUUGUGAAAGAUUUGAACAAAGGCGCAGCAACAUUGGAUGAGAAUGGGAUGCGAUUCAUGAUGGGAUUCAAAUUGUUUCAAUAUUCAACCAAACAAAAGCGCAUGACAAUGCGAGAUUUUAAUUGGGCCUUGCAUUCUGACAGUAAAGAGGUGUUGUUGUCCUCAGUUGAAGAAUACUAUUCAAACAAAUUAUCGUGGGAGAGUGCCAAGAAAACAGGCUUAGUUUACUGGGUAAAGUAUGAAAGAUUGGUGAAAGUUAUUGAAGCAGUAGUUCGAAAUGAGUUUAGUGAAUUGAAAAACCCCGGGGGUAUCGUGUCGUUGUUGUACUUGGCUUUGAGAAAGAAGCAGGUCCUCAUUGGACUUUGGAGAAUUGUUCAGCACGAAGAAAAGACCAAGAUGUUGAAGUUUCUCAGCAAUGAUUUUACUGAUAAGAGAUGGAAGUCCGCUGCCUUGAAGAAUGCAUUUGUAUUGUUGGGAAAGCACCGGUACUACGAUGCUGCGUAUUUUUUCUUACUCGGAGACGAACCGAUUGACUGUUGCAACACUAUUGCUAACAAAAUCAAUGAUGUGCAGUUGGCCAUUGCUGUUGCCAAAGUGUACUCGCGGACGCAAGAGAGGAGUAGUGGUGGUGGUGGUGGUGUCGGUGGUGGUGUUGGUGGUGGUGAUGUUGGCAAGGCCGAUUGUUUAGUGCACAUUAUUGAAAAAUAUAUACUACCCACCGCAAUUGAGAAUGGAGAUAGGUGGACAAGUAGUUGGGUUUUUUGGCAGAUUCAUGACAAACCACUAUCCAUCCAAGCAUUAAUCAAAACGCCAAUUGAGAUGGUUAUUGAAAACAUGUCUAAAUUUCCAAAUACAUCUGCAAAUGAGGUGACACCAAAGGGACUCAGUUUCCUUCAAGAUGAUCCGGUAUUGAUAAUAUUGUUUAAUGAUUUGCGUCUGCGCAAUAUAAAUUAUUUAAAAGGUUCAUCACGUCUUUCACCAAACGAAGAGUUUCAGUUUGUGAUAAAAGUGGCAAUGAUAUAUACAAGAAUGGGAUGUGACUACCUUGCAUUAUUGCUUUUGAAGCACUGGACAUUCUCAGUACCACAAGCUAACCAGCAAAAGCAACCUCUGCUGCCAAUAAGCGAGAAGCAAGGUGGGUUUGAAUCAAUAAACUUUAAUGGGCAAGUGCACGAUGGAAUAAAUCGUGACGGUUCCAACCAAGAAUGGGGCAACAACAAUACUAAUGGCAUUAUGCAGCCAAGUAUAUUGGAUUCAUACACCAAUGAUCAGCAGUAUUCAGUCAAUAAUAAAAAGGCCCCUCCAGCACAAGCAUUUGAAGAGCCAGAUAUGAGCUCCUUCAGUUUUGGGUUUUGA